AUGGACGGUAAAGUGUUGAGUACACAAUUUCGGCUGCUGGCAGCAUUAUGUUCUCUUGCAAACAACACCGUUGUGGAAAGGAUACGAAUACUAUCGGCUCGAGAACUCGUCACUGUCGAGCCAUUAUCACGACGCUCAUUCGAUGAUCAAAUUCACUCAAUUGUGAGCAAUUUUAUACGAGAAACGCCUCGUGAUUUUCGACGAACACUUCAAUAUGUCAAUGGCAUGCUUCAUGCUAAUCAAUUUCAAAAUUUUCUCUCGACAAAUUGGAAUCUAGUAACAACACCUGUUGGAAAGUUGCACAAGUUCUCAACAAGUCCAGUUUCAGUAAAUGAAAGUGGUCAGAUCUGUUCAUGUGAGACUUCCUCGACAUGUACAAGAUCGAAGCUGAAAAAUAUGAACUACGGAGGAACAUUCACUGGUCUCGUUGUCGGAUGUUUACCUGUUCAUGGCCUUCGACUUUCAACUCUUGAAUGUUUUUACAGUUCAGAAUGCUUGACAGAGUUAGCUAAAUUUGUCAAAAGCUCAUUUGUUCCGUCGCCUUUAAAUCAAUCGAUUUCUAGUCGUUUCACACCAAUCUCAUCAACACCGAUCGGUACUUUGAUUGAUGAGUUGUUCAUCGAAUCAUGGCAGAAUUCGUCUAAUUAUUCGAGUUAUUACUCGAUAUGUGCACCAUCGAACUGUCGAUAUACAUAUGUCGAAAGAAAUGAUUUUGUAUACACGUUGACUACGAUUCUUGGUUUAUAUGGUGGAUUGACUGAAGGGUUGCCUAUNGAAAAUAAGCGAAUUCAAAACAAAAGUAUCAUAAUAUUAGAAGAAGUAGAGAAAUUUUUCUUUCGAAGUCGAAGACGUAGUACCAUUACACGCAAUACCCAAUGGAUUACCACUUGGAGCAUGAACAUUCCAUUAUGUGAAGGUUAUAUCGCAAGUAUCCGAUGGGGGGCAAUAGAUUUUUGCAACUUUCGGAUUGUAUUUCAGCGAGGUUUUUCCAGUGAUGUUGAUAAACUCUAUCUUGGUAAGUUCGGCAGUGAACGAAUAAUCCAUACAUGCCAUAUGGUUUGA